AUGCACAGGUGGCGGCCGUCUCGUGGUAUCCGGCCCCUCCGACCCCGAAUGCCGCGACUCCGAAGACCGCCGCGACUCGGCCGCGCUGCUUCGCCUCGACAACUGGCCCCUGCUUCUCGAACCCGACGACGUCUCCGAUGCGGUCUCGGCCCUGGCGAAAUGCAGGAAAAUCGCCCUGACCAUGAUCCCGACGACCACGACCAACGGGAUCAUCUGCGCAGCAUCGGCCACGUCGUUCACGUCCGGUAUGCGGUUCCAGACAACGGUCAUCUCGACGGCAGCCGUCAGGGUCGCCAGGACAGCAAGCUUGACAAAGGCUUUGGCGUCUUGGACCAAGGCGAUGUGGAGGCGUCUAGCACGGCCGCGAGUAGCAGCGCAAAAGUCGAGCCCCCUGAAGGCCGGGCUCGGCGUCUCGCGCGACCAGCGCAGCGGGUCGUACCGCGCGUGGCAGCGCGUCGCCGCCUUCCAGAGCCACAGCGGCGCGAGCGGCAGGUAGAGGCCCGUGACGAGGAGGAGCGCGAUGUAGACUUCGACGGGCGCCAGGUGCGCGGCAGCGAGCUGGGCGACGAGGCCCAGGAGCGUCGCGGCGGAGAGGAGGAGGCCCAGGAGGCGGACGUCGCACAUGUCGGCGAUCUCGAUGUAUUCCGCUGCCAGGGCGCCGAACCACUGCAGGUAGAAGGCGAGCCGGAUGCCGAGGCCGUAGAGGCUGGGACGGCCGACGGCCUGACAGAGUUGCAUGGCGGGACAGACUCGAUGGGUGGCCGGGCGGGUGCGAUGCUGUUACACGGGGGUACGGGGGGAUCGAGCAUCUUCGCGGCACGAAACGGGGAUAGGGGCGCACUUGUAGACACGCUGAAUGAUCUGGUUCUGUACCAUGGGCGGCUAGCAAAGCUUGUCGUGCCUCACGGAGGAGCAUCAUGGGGACGUUGGACAUUGCCAGCGAGGUCUGACAUGCAUGGCGAUGUGUACGAUGCUGGACGGGUCAAUGUUUUGAUAUCAUUGACCAUCACUCGAAUGUGGGGACGUCAAGGUCGUGGUGCAGUCUUGAAAGCGAUGCUGGUGGAUUCCGACGGCAUACUUGAUGUUAAGAACGACUUGAUGAGCUUGGCAAAGCACGAAGGCUCCGAGGAAGCACUUGAGCGGUCUUGUGCUGAAGAAACUCAAGAUGAUGCUAGUCUGAUCGCAGCGCACGUCCAGGUGAGACUUCGCAGCCACGCUCUCAGCAUCUGGAAUGGUGCUAGAGUACGCUUCUCAGACAUCAUGUCAUCCCAGCUAGGCGUCAUGGAAGUCUGGAUAACUCGUUCGAUGACCACGGCAACGUUCAAAAACGAUGCAUGCCAGCGACCACAUCAGGAAUCGCCAACUCGCCAAGUCACCGAGAGAACUCGAGCAUCUCGGUGGCUGGCCUCUGUCGCACCUUGUGGAAGUCUACCAUGCCCGUACCCGUUCAACAUGGGGAAUGUCGCAUACGCAGGCGCCCAAUUGCGAGUGUCCACCGGAUCGAGAACGUCGUACCGCAUGCCAUAUUCGUUGGAUCGGGUCGUACAUCAGGCGAAGGAUACAUCACUAGGCCUUCGCUUCUUCGCUUCCUAUGAUAAGAAAUCGUGCGAAAUGCCGGUCAAGCCGUCAAUAUUUCCUCCUUCUAUCGAGAUGCAGAGGUGGGAAGAUCGAGGGCUUGGCUUGCUUCCGGCUGUUGGGCCUUCAGAACCCAGAAGGGGCGCUGUGCGCGAGAUUUCUUCCCAAGGUCAUAGGGCAAUAACGCCAGUUCCAGAGGCGUACUGUACGAUCCCUCGUGGGAGGAAGAACAGUCCCGAACAUGGCGAAGGUUUGACAAGGGCGUAUCAGUCACAGAUGUGUCUGACAUUACGCCGAAGACUGCGAAGACCACAAGGAGGCCCGUCGAGGGCGCAAGCGCGCAACGCCACCAGCACCUUCAAGGCACGGCAACGCUGUCGUGCCGUGCUUGAAGCUUCAGAUGUCAGUCUGCACCAGAAGACCACAAGGCUAGAAGGCCAGAAGGCCAGAACGACCAGGGGCUCUCGGGAGACGCCAAGCGCCAAGAGACGCCCAAGCGACAGGCGCCAAGGUGCCAAGCGUCUGGCGAAUCACAGGGGGCCAGCAUGA